AUGGCCGAAAACCUUUUAUCAAAUGGUUUCGAAGCUAAAAAGCUGAAAACUUCGCAGCGUCGUCGCGCUCCUCCACAAUCUCUUGUCCUGAAAAAAAUUGUUUCCAACUCGCUGCACUCGACCUCGGCGGCACCCAAGUGCGGCAUCUGUCUCGAGACUCUGCCCAUCAAUCCUCACCUCUGCGAUGCUUGUCAGAUCUGGAAUGAUGCGACACAUGUAUUCCAGUGUAUGAGAGAUCCAGAUGAUUUCGUAACCAGGUACUCGUUCAGUCUGGGUAACAUACUCUCACGCGUGAGCUGCAUAUUAUGUCAACUAAUUGCUAAUUCUAUCUUGGAGAGAUUCCGAAAGCCUGAUCAAUCAAAUUUCAAUGCGCUUUUACAAACGAAGAUCACAAUAUAUGGCCCAUACUGCUUGGGCGAAGGUUCACUUAAAGUCCUGGAUCCAUUGUUUUUUGAGAAAAUGGGAGAGUAUAGGAUUGAAGAAGAUGAUCUAAGAUUGGACAACAUUCAUGAAGGCAAUAAUGCUCCUGCUCUGCAAAGAACCGAUGAAGCUGUACUUGCUGUUCUUUACAUAGUUGCAACGACUCCUGAUGGGCAUGAUCUUCAAGGGCAAACAUUUAAAUUUGAUGCCUCUACGGCUGGCGCUCGAGAAGUUAAUCAUAGACAGCAAUUAUUUCAAGUGGAUCCUGGUAUUAAAGUUUCGGAGCCAGCAGGCAUACCCGGCCGAAGACCUCCAGCCAUUGGACUUCAGCUUAAACUUCACUAUCGCCACUCUAUGGCUAACCUGUUUCGGGUAGAACGCUGGGAGAAGUCUCAUUUUGACUCGAAAUUGAUCAAGAUCUGGACCAGCACAUGUGAAACAUACCAUGGGCCUCGUUGCAAGGUUGCAAACACUACGAAUUUACCAUCACAGUUUCGCCUCGUCGACACUUAUCGCCACUGCGUAAUAGAGCCACCCAGGUUUCUGCCUCCGAGGUUUGUGGCUUUAAGUUAUACGUGGAGUUCACUCUCGGACUCUCCAGAUAUUCAACUGGAGCAAAACAACCUCGAACGCCUCAUGCAGGCUGGCUCACUAGAAGAAGAAAAUGUACCGGCCUUGAUCUCUGAUGCAAUAAAUCUUUGUCGCGAGAUUGGAGAGCAAUACAUUUGGAUCGAUAAAUUCUGCAUUAUACAAGACGAUUCCAUUUCUAAACAUGCACAAAUUCAAGCCAUGGACCAAAUAUAUGCUACUGCGGCUUUUACCAUUGUUAUAGCACUGCAAAACCCGCUUACGGCUGAGUUACCAGGUGUCAGAGACAGACCGAGACGAUCAUCACUAUGGAACGACACCCGAAUGUUCUCGGACAAGUGUCGUGCGAUCUCCGGCAACUUCCAACGCACUAUUACAGAUUCUGUGUGGAAUACUCGUGGCUGGACAUAUCAAGAACACAUGCUAUCCCUAAGAUGCAUCUAUAUAACAGACUUUCAGAUGUACUUUAACUGCCCAACCACGUCAGAACAAGAAGAGCUUGGGAGCAUCUCGGAUUGGCCUAAAUCUAAGUCUGGUGACAUGCAAAGCUAUUGCGAUGCUGUUCAGCAGUACACUGCAAGAAUUUUGACCUACGAAUCAGAUAUUCUAAACGCCUUUGCUGGUGUAGGAAAAAUGAUUGCAGGAAUACAAGAAACCAAACUAGUAUAUGGACUCCCAGAGAAGCAUUUCUCACAGGCACUCUUUUGGCAAAGCCUUGCCUUUGCACAGAGAAGAGAGUCCACCCCACAAAUUCCCAGCUGGAGUUGGGCGGCAUGGACUGGCCGAGUCAAGUACAUCUGGGACGGUCACUUGGAUGAUCUAAAAGUCGGGACGCUGGUGCGGUUUUAUUUUCAGGACCCGAAUCGCGGCUUGCGAAAACUGGACAUGGAGGAAGUCUGGUUUCACAAACCCAUGUGCCUAGAAACACUGAAAGAUUUGCCUUCUGUCAAUGAGCCAAGGUCAGAACUGAAGUUUCUGCCGGAACCAGCAGUUACAGACAAAGUUUGGCGAGACUCACCUCACAGCCCGUGGAAAAUGCUCUUUUAUCCACUUGAUCCCAUCGUUGUUAAAACAGCAUCAAAAUAUCCAGGUUGUCUCGUCUUUACCACGACAGUAGCGACUUUGUCUCUGAGAAAAGCAACCUGGCCCGCUUUUUUCAACGGAUCUUCAUCCGUUAUUUUUGAAAUCUGUGAUCGUCACGGAGAUAAAGUUGGGGAGAUGGUGAAAAUGGAUCAGUCGUGGGUAGAUGAGCAUUUGGACCUGGCCAAGGAGCACGAAUUUGUCGUGCUUUCCGCCGCGAUUCUCAGGGACUAUCUCCGAUAUUCGCUCCAAAAGUUCGGCCUUGGUAUUCCCGAAAUCAAAACCGGGCAAGAUAGAAGUCCUUGGUGUCUCCGUGUCAUGCUUAUCACACCUGGCAGCUUGGAUGGAGUUGCUCGGCGCCUCGCCCUCGGCUUUGUACAGACACAUUGUUGGAAGCAGUGUCAACCAACAUGGCGUACUAUUGCUUUAGUAUGA